GCGUGCGCGGCCGCCGUCGGGGGCGCGCGCCUUUCCCGCCGCCCGGACUCUGCCCCCAGCGCAGCCCCGGAAGCGCAGGCGGGGCUGGGGCGGCCGCCGGGAGGGAAAGCUGGCGCCGGGGCUUCGCCGCGGGCCCGAGUCUCUGCGCUCCCCGCCCUACCCCUGUCACCCGCGCGCCCCGGGCCGCGGCCAAGGGGUUUCGGUGAUCUCGGGAGAGAGGCGGCCGCCCCGAGGGUCUGUCCUCCGCCCCGGGGUCGGAGGGGCCUCUCCAGGGACCCCCGCGGGCGCCGUCAUGGGGAGGGGCCUUCCCGGUUCUCGGGCCGGGGCAGCCUUUCCGGGCGGCUUUGCUGGGCGGGCUUCCCUUGGGAGAGGUGGGAGCCCCCUCCAGAAAGGCCGUGUCCCGCCGAGCGCUUCCUGCGCGAGGCCCUCCCUGGGAAUAGGAAGCGGGAGAGGCUGGAGAUGUUUCGCAUUCUUUCCGUUUUCCUGAGAAGUUUUUCUUGGGUUCAGCCACUUUUAAAAGUCUGUUAGAACGUGGUCCGUGCAGUCCGUGGUGUCAGAAGAGGCGCAGCCCUAGAGUGGGUGUGGACCCCUUAGCAUGCGUGCGGGCAGCAUUGUCCCAGAUAUAGCCGUUGGUACAAAGCGGGGAUCUGACGAGCUUUUCUCUACUUGUGUCACUAACGGACCGUUUAUCAUGAGCAGCAACUCGGCCUCUGCAGCAAAUGGAAAUGACAGCAAGAAGUUCAAAGGUGACAGCCGAAGCGCAGGCGUCCCCUCUAGAGUGAUCCACAUCCGGAAGCUCCCCAUCGACGUCACAGAGGGCGAAGUCAUCUCCCUGGGGCUGCCCUUUGGGAAGGUCACCAACCUCCUGAUGCUGAAGGGGAAAAACCAGGCCUUCAUCGAGAUGAACACGGAGGAGGCUGCCAACACCAUGGUGAACUACUACACCUCGGUGACCCCUGUGCUGCGCGGCCAGCCCAUCUACAUCCAGUUCUCCAACCACAAGGAGCUGAAGACCGACAGCUCUCCCAACCAGGCGCGGGCCCAGGCGGCCCUGCAGGCGGUGAACUCGGUCCAGUCGGGGAACCUGGCCUUGGCUGCCUCGGCGGCGGCCGUGGACGCAGGGAUGGCGAUGGCCGGGCAGAGCCCCGUGCUCAGGAUCAUCGUGGAGAACCUCUUCUACCCUGUGACCCUGGAUGUGCUGCACCAGAUUUUCUCCAAGUUCGGCACAGUGUUGAAGAUCAUCACCUUCACCAAGAACAACCAGUUCCAGGCCCUGCUGCAGUAUGCGGACCCCGUGAGCGCCCAGCACGCCAAGCUGUCGCUGGACGGGCAGAACAUCUACAACGCCUGCUGCACGCUGCGCAUCGACUUUUCCAAGCUCACCAGCCUCAACGUCAAGUACAACAAUGACAAGAGCCGCGACUACACACGCCCAGACCUGCCUUCCGGGGACAGCCAGCCCUCACUGGACCAGACCAUGGCCGCGGCCUUCGGUGCACCUGGUAUAAUCUCAGCCUCUCCGUAUGCAGGAGCUGGUUUCCCUCCCACCUUUGCCAUUCCUCAAGCUGCAGGCCUUUCCGUUCCCAACGUCCACGGCGCCCUGGCCCCCCUGGCCAUCCCCUCGGCGGCGGCGGCAGCUGCGGCGGCAGGCCGGAUCGCCAUCCCGGGCCUGGCGGGGGCAGGAAAUUCUGUAUUGCUGGUCAGCAACCUCAACCCAGAGAGAGUCACACCCCAAAGCCUCUUUAUUCUUUUCGGCGUCUACGGUGACGUGCAGCGCGUGAAGAUCCUGUUCAAUAAGAAGGAGAACGCCCUAGUGCAGAUGGCGGAUGGCAACCAGGCCCAGCUGGCCAUGAGCCACCUGAACGGGCACAAGCUGCACGGGAAGCCCAUCCGCAUCACGCUCUCGAAGCACCAGAACGUGCAGCUGCCCCGCGAGGGCCAGGAGGACCAGGGCCUGACCAAGGACUACGGCAACUCACCCCUGCACCGCUUCAAGAAGCCCGGCUCCAAGAACUUCCAGAACAUAUUCCCGCCCUCGGCCACGCUGCACCUCUCCAACAUCCCGCCCUCAGUCUCCGAGGAGGACCUCAAGGUCCUGUUUUCCAGCAAUGGGGGCGUCGUCAAAGGAUUCAAGUUCUUCCAGAAGGACCGCAAGAUGGCGCUGAUCCAGAUGGGCUCCGUGGAGGAGGCGGUCCAGGCCCUCAUUGACCUGCACAACCAUGACCUCGGGGAGAACCACCACCUGCGGGUCUCCUUCUCCAAGUCCACCAUCUAGGGGCACAGGCCCCCCACGGCCGGACCCCCUGGCGACAACUUCCAUCAUUCCAGAGAAAAGCCACUUUAAAAACAGCUGAAGUGACCUUAGCAGACCAGAGAUUUUAUUUUUUUAAAGAGAAAUCAGUUUACCUGUUUUUAAAAAAAUUAAAUCUAGUUCACCUUGCUCACCCUGCGGUGACGGGGACAGCUCAGGCUCUUGGUGACUGUGGCAGCGGGAGUUCCCGGCCCUCCACACCCGGGGCCAUGCCUUGGUGGGGCCUGUGUCGGGCGUGGGGCCUGCAGGUGGGCGCCCCGACCACGACUUGGCUUCCUUGUGCCUUAAAAAACCUGCCUUCCUGCAGCCACACACCCACCCGGGGUGUCUUGGGGACCCAGGGGGUGAGGGGUCACACCAGAGAGAGGCAGGGGGCCUGGCCGGGUCCUGCAGGAUCAUGUAGCUGGGGCGCGGCGGCCGCGGCUGCGGCUGCGGCUGCGACACCCCAACCCCAGCCCUCUAAUCAAGUCAUGUGAUUCUCCCUCCACCCCGCCCCCAGGGCCUUCCCUUUUGCCCCCAGGCGGGCUCCCCGCUGCUCCAGCUGCGGAGCUGGUCGACAUAAUCUCUGUAUUAUAUACUUUGCAGUUGCAGACGUCUGUGCCUAGCAAUAUUUCCAGUUGACCAAAUAUUCUAAUCUUUUUUCAUUUAUAUGCAAAAGAAAUAGUUUUAAGUAACUUUUUAUAGCAAGAUGAUACAAUGGUAUGAGUGUAAUCUAAACUUCCUUGUGGUAUUACCUUGUAUGCUGUUACUUUUAUUUUAUUCCUUGUAAUUAAGUCACAGGCAGGACCCAGUUUCCAGAGAGCAGGCGGGGCCGCCCAGCGGGUCAGGCACAGGGAGCCCCGGUCCUACCUUAGAGCCCCUGAGCUUCAGGGAAGGGGCGGGCGUGUCGCCGCCUCUGGCAUCGCCUCCGGUUGCCUUACACCACGCCUUCACCUGCAGUCGCCUAGAAAACUUGCUCUCAAACUUCUUCAGGGUUUUUUCUUCCUUCAAAUUUUGGACCAAAGUCUCAUUUCUGUGUUUUGCCUGCCUCUGAUGCUGGGACCCGGAAGGCGGGCGCUCAUCCUGUCUUCUCUGCUCUUUCUACCGCCCCCGCGUCCUGUCGCGCGGGGGCUUUCCUAGGAUCCCCUUUCCGUAAAAGAGUGUAACAAGGGUGUAAAUAUUUAUAAUUUUUUAUACCUGUUGUGAGACCCGAGGGGCGGCGGCGCGGUUUUUUAUGGUGACACAAAUGUAUAUUUUGCUAACAGCAAUUCCAGGCUCAGUAUUGUGACCGCGGAGCCACAGGGGACCCCACGCACAUUCCGUUGCCUUACCCGAUGGCUUGUGACGCGGAGAGAACCGAUUAAAACCGUUUGAGAAACUCCUCCCUUGUCUAGCCCUGUGUUCGCUGUGGACGCUGUAGAGGCAGGUUGGCCAGUCUGUACCUGGACUUUGAAUAAAUCUUCUGUAUCCUC